GCUAUCAGCCGGCAGCUUGCCACCCUCAACACCCCCAGGGGACUUGCCACAAGGAGGAGGCCAGACCAGGCCCCUUGAGGGAGCCCUAUUCCAGAGACGCCAGUCCCAGAGAAUAGGAACGAGCCAGGAGUACCAGGAGGUGGCCUGCUCCGGGGGUUUCAGGGAAGACCGACCGUAGGUUUCUGUGGAGUGUGGGGAGCUCCUGCCUGUCUAUACAGCUGUUUUUCGGAAGCCACCACCCCAGGGAAGGUGCAGAGCUCCUAUUGGACGAACCAUGAAGAAUCGGUUUGUGAUGCUGGGCCUGGUGGCUGUGGUUCUGGUAUUUGUCAUCAUUGGCCUCUGCAUCUGGCUGCCCUACACUUCUAGGAAGCCCGACCAUGUGUACACCAGGGCAGCUGUGGCCACGGAUGCCAAGCGCUGCUCAGAGAUUGGCCGGGACAUGCUACAGGAGGGUGGCUCCGUGGUGGAUGCAGCCAUCGCAAGCCUGCUGUGUAUGGGGCUCAUGAAUGCCCACAGUAUGGGCAUCGGGGGCGGCCUGUUCUUCACCAUCUACAACAGCACGACACGGAAAGCUGAGGUUAUCAAUGCCCGUGAGGUGGCUCCCAGGCUGGCCAAUGCCAGCAUGUUCAACAACUCGAAGGACUCUGAAGAAGGUGGCCUUUCAGUGGCGGUUCCUGGUGAAAUCAGUGGCUACCAGCUGGCACACCAACGGCACGGGCGACUGCCCUGGGCUCGCCUCUUCCAGCCCAGCAUUGAGCUGGCCCGCUAUGGCUUCCCUGUGGGCAAGGGCUUGGCAAUGGCCCUGGACAGAAAACGGGACAUCAUUGAACAGACACCUGCCUUGUGCGAGGUCUUCUGCCGUCAAGGGAAGGUGCUUCGGGAAGGCGAGACAGUGACUAUGCCAAGGCUGGCCGAUACGUUGCAGGUACUGGCCCAGGAAGGUGCCCAGGCCUUCUACAAUGGGAGCCUCACAGCCCAGAUUGUGAAGGACAUCCAGGAGGCUGGAGGCAUUAUUACGGUCCAGGACCUGAAUGACUACCGCGCAGAGCUGAUUGAGCACCCGAUGAGCAUCAGCCUUGGGGACUCGACACUGUAUGUGCCCAGUGCCCCACUCAGCGGGCCAGUGCUGGUUCUCAUCUUGAACAUCCUCAAAGGAUACGACCUCUCUCCGAAGAGUGUGGCAACCCCUGAGCAGAAGGCGCUGACGUAUCACCGAAUUGUGGAGGCCUUUCGGUUUGCCUAUGCCAAGAGGACCAUGCUUGGUGACCCAAAGUUUGUCGAUGUGUCUCAGGUGAUCCGCAACAUGAGCUCUGAGUUCUUCGCCGCUCAGCUUCGAGCCCGUAUCUCUGAUGGAACCACUCAUCCGGCCUCCUACUAUGAGCCUGAGUUCUACCUCCCUGAUGAUGGGGGCACUGCUCACCUGUCUGUGGUUGCGGAGGAUGGCAGUGCCGUGUCUGCCACAAGCACCAUCAACCUCUAUUUUGGCUCCAAGGUCCUUUCUCGGGUCAGUGGUAUCCUGUUUAAUGAUGAGAUGGAUGACUUCAGCUCACCCAACUUCAUCAACCAGUUUGGGGUAUUGCCCUCACCAGCCAACUUCAUCAAGCCAGGCAAGCAGCCACUGUCAUCCAUGUGUCCUACAAUCAUUGUGGAUAAGGAUGGCAAAGUCCAGAUGGUAGUGGGAGCAUCAGGAGGCACCCAGAUCACCACAUCCACCGCACUGGCCAUCAUCAACAACCUGUGGUUUGGCUACGACGUGAAGAGAGCGGUGGAGGAGCCCCGUCUACACAACCAACUUUUGCCCAACACCACAACAAUAGAGAAAAACAUCGAUGAGGUGGUGGCUGCAGGCCUGAAGACUCGGAACCAUUACACAGAGGUCACCAACACCUUCAUCGCCGUGGUUCAGGCCGUUGUUCGAACAUCCAGUGGCUGGGCAGCUGCCUCAGACUCCAGGAAAGGCGGGGAGCCAGCUGGCUACUGAGUGCUCAGAAAAGGCAAGACCAACCUGCAAUCCAGGACGAGAUACAGCCCAGGAACAAGAGUGGGACUUUGGAGGACAUGCUGCUCCCGAAUGGGACAGGGAAGCACAAUAAAUGGGCUCAACUGCCGAGCUCCAGGAAGUCUUGCUGGUUGGACUUCCCAUAUCUUGGA